AGAACCCUUCGUCUUAAAUUACCUCUUGUAGCAAGAAAAGGUAUUACUGCGAAAGAAAACAAAAUGAAGAACAAACCUGAAUUCCAGAUUUGUCCGCCAUUGACACUUCGUCUUGACGCUUUGAAUUUCCUCAUUAAAAGUGCCGAAAAAUUGAAACUUUCUCAAGCCGUGAAAUACGCUUCUCUUUCUCUCUUUGCUCAUCGAUUCUUCGUUUCUCUCACUUCAUCAACUCACCGUCACUGGUUACUAGAAAAACCUAUCAAAUUCCCUAAUUUACAGCUAUUUUCUCUAGUCUCCCUUUGGAUUUCUAGCAAAACCUACGAUUCUCCUCCAAUUUCUCUAAAAUCUCUAAAAUCUAUCAGUGAUCAACUCAUCAAAGAUCAGCAUUUCACAAAAUCUGACUUCUUGGACGCCGAAGUUGUAUUUUUACAAACCCUAAAUUUCGAGGUCGGAACAUUAAAAAACUCUGCGUUUUUGGUUGUUCAGGAGUUGCUAAUGAAGCUGAAAGAGGUAGCUAGAGUUGGAGAUUUGGUGAGUUUUGAUGCUUGCUGCGAUGUUAUGGAUUUGAUUUACGUAAACGAUGAAAUUUCGCGAUUGUUCGAAGAAUCACCGGUGUAUAGUGCGGCGGCGAUUUUGUCAUCGGUGUAUGCGAUUACGGUUCCGAAACAGACGUGCGAGUUUCCGGUUGUUAGUUGGAUGAAUUUCGUGACUGGUUGUAAAGAAGAAGAUUUGAUGUUAAUCGUGAAACUCAUCUUCCACCAUGUUUUUCAAAAAUUUUGA